CAAUUAUUCAAUUUCUCACACAUAAGCGAACCCAAAAGCGUGGGCGACGCACUGCAUAAUCGUCCGGCGCCGGAAAAUCUCCCAUUGUUGUCGAUUUGUGUGUGCAUUUGUAUUUAGUGAAAAUUUGGUGUGGUGAAGGGAAAGGCAAUGUCUCACCAUGCCGCAAGGUCUGCCACAAGGUUUGUGAACCUGACGCGUGCUCUCUCCACGGAGGCGCGUGCGCAGAAGGUGGAGCGUAUUGCCAACGAGCUUCUCCAGCUUAACAGGUUUGAGAGACACGACUUCACCGUCCUCUGGCGGCUCAAGAUGGGUCUCCACCGCUAUGGCGCUCCGGUGGCCGGUGUUUUGACACCGUCCAUGGCGCCUGCCGGGUCUCCUGGGUUGGAGGCCAGUGCUGUGGCGGAGAAGACAGUGUUUGAUAUGAAGUUGGAAAAGUAUGAUGCUGCUGCCAAGAUCAAGAUCAUUAAGGAAGUGAGGUCCUUCACUGAGUUGGGGUUAAAGGAAGCCAAGGACUUGGUGGAAAAGGUUCCCUGUGUAUUAAAGAAGGGGCUCACCAAGGAGGAGGCUAAUCCCAUUAUGGAGAAGCUCAAGGAGUUGGGGGCUUCUAUCGUGUUGGAGUGAUUACGAAGUUUUGUUUUAGUACUCCAGAUUUUUGUGUUAGCUGUAGAACCAUUGGAACCUGUUUACGAGUAUAAAUGAUAACUUACAUGUUUCAGUUUAUUUUAUGUGGCACUGUAUCAGUUGAAGUUUGACAGUGGUAACCACUUUUAAAGGGCUAAUGUUAUGUUUGAUCUUUGGAGAGGUGUGUGUGGUCUGUUAUUGCUGGAAUGGUUGCUGAUUGGUGAAUAUGCGGACUUGGACACUGGGUGAAUAAAGUGCUUUGGUACGAGAAAAAUGGCCAAAUUUCACUGAGGGAUGGUUUUAUAUGAUAUUUGAAGAAAAUAUGCCAUGGCCGUUCAGAUUUGGCGACGCUUCUAGCUGAAAUUCAGAAGUUUGAGCACUUUCUUAUGUUGUAGAAUUUGUUUAUUUGAUUAGGAAAAAAGAAAGCUUAAAGUAUAUUAAUGAUCUAAACAUGAAACAUGUUUUAAAAUAACUGUUUAGAAUCCCCAUAGAGCACACAAACUUCAGUUCGCUUCAAAUCAGAAUUCCGAAUAUAAAUGAGAUCAUUUCUAGUCUUAUUGCUUUCCCGAUUCCUAUCCAAAUUUUUCCUUAAUUUCUUAACGACUCUGUUGUUGACAUAAUACUAUUUUACGGCUAAUUAUGUGUUUUGCUGUUAUCUGCUUUUCACAUGCACUGACAAGACAAGGAAAAGGAAAUUGGUUAUGUUUGCACGUGUAGUGAUAUUCUUCUGUUGCAGAUGGGUUUAUGUAAAUCUGAAUUUUAUAGUCAAUUUGUUUUGUUAAUCUCACUGGUUCAAUCAUUAAUUUCCUAUCCCUAGGGUUGAUAAACAGGUUUUGUUUUGUCAAGGAUGAACGUAUUUUUGUUGUUAAAUCCUUGCUAGCACAUUAUGCGGCUUUUGGCAGGUAGAAAAGGUAAUGCUUUAACACUAGCAUUGCAAGGUUUUUAUACCAUUUUCAGUGAUCGACAUAUUUAUGCAUAUGAUAUAUUGUAGUCUUGUUUUUGAUGUUUUCCACGCUAAGCUAUACGUUUCAGGUUGCUGAACUAUCACUUUUUCACAUUGGGAGGAAAACAAAUCUAUUGGAGAGAAAUGUGAAUUCAUCUUAUAGACCUAAUUUACAAGUCUGUGAGAGGAAAGGAAGGAGAUAAGAUGGAGGAGAAGUGAAGGAAAUAAAUGGGCUGCUGGACCCUUCGAAGCUCUUGGGUAUAUGCAAGUAGAGGGGAGGCAAAUGGUAGCAGAAUAAGUGAUAAGGGAGGAGAGACAACAAAGAUAACAGAAUGAGCAUUCGGUCUAGGUAAAUUGGUGGAAGGUAUUAAAAGAAUCAGGCUGGAAAAGAUCGGAAGGAGGUAAGGGAUAACUGAGAGGAGAGGGAGGAGAACUAGCAAUUGGUCAUUGGUUUGGGUUGAGAAUAGAGAAGUGGUCUAUCUCAGAACUGUUAAAUUUAUCUGGUUCAAUCAUUUUACAUUAAGCAUUGCUUCAUUCAAUUGUUAUUCAAUUUCUUCAUAGCUACUGAUAUUACCUUGUAAAGAAAAUUUCUCUUUUUCAAUCAUUUUACUAUGAGCAUAGCUCCUUUCAACUGUUAUUCAAUUACUUCACAGGUACUAAUAUUACCUUGUAAAGAGGACUACUUCUCUGUACAGAGAAGUUAUCAAUACAUAUUCUCGUUUUCUUCUAUUUUUUUUUAUUCUGCCUUUUGUCAAUUUAGUGUCGUCAAAGCUCCUCGAAGGAGGUAAUGGUAUCAGCUCGAAUGGAAGCAGCGGAAAAGAUUAGAAGAUCUGGUUGCUAUUAUCAGUUGUUCUUCAGAGAAAGACUCAAGUACAUCUAGGAACUUGCAGGUAAUACUUCAAUAGCCUUCUACUUUAGCUGAUUGGUUUCAUAUUCUGCUAUACUUUAUAGCCGGGACUCAUGAUUCACGACUUCAUUGCCCGUGCUUGUGCAGUUGUAACGCUAAUGUCUAGGUGAUGCUUGUUUUCAAAUUGUUUGUGAGAAAGUUUUAUCAAAUGGACAAAAUUUGAAGAUGGUAAGUUUGAGAAGAGUCCACAAAAAAGGCUUCUAGAAGUACCUCUUCUGCUUCCUUGUGGAUAUGCUUCAACAUUUGCAGUAUCUAUGGGGACUUGUAGAGGUGUGGUCUUUCUAAACCUUUGGAAAGUUGACUGUGAUGAUUUGUGAUAAACACCCAAAAACCUUAAUUCACUGGCAGCUUUUUUUUAACAUGUUAAUUUCCUUUUCUUUUCAUCAUGUUUUUAGCUCAUUUUAUAUUCUUAUUAAAAUAAACUUAGAAAAUAGUAACUUAAUGUGCUUUUACAUAAUGGAAUAUCCCAUUGUUUGUAAUUUUUUUAAUAAAUUUCCUUGGCAUAAGCUAAGCAGACACUACAUAAAAGAAACAAUAGAAUAUUGUUGAUUAAUUUCAAUUAAACCAAACACUAUGAAAAAAGAAAAUAUAUAAUUAAAUAUUGUUUAUUAACUUCAAUUAAACCAAAACUAUAAUAAAA